GAUUUGGAAUUCGGAGGCAUUGCGUCACAAGUCAAAGAGCCCUCUGUGUUUCCACUCACUCGACGUUUCCUAUCGAAAGUAGUUUUGCUUCAGUUGAAGCGUAAAUGGACGGUUUAUUGUACGUCCCAGCGUGUAUAUUUCAUCUACUUCACCUGAAUGCUGUCCAUUAAAAAUUAAAAUCAAGUUACGAAAUAGCUAAAUACACGAUUGUUGACUUUUCGCUUGCUGGCUAGCUCCGCCAGCUGAGUCUAACGUCAAGAUGGACCAGGCAGCGAGCCGAUACCAAGUGUUUGAGAAUGAUGAAGACGACUCCUGUGGGCCCUCCACCAGCGCCCAGCAGCCGUGCACCUCGGCACAGGCCAACUCGUCCUCCCAGGCCUGCCUUGUCCCAGUAGCCCUGGGGGGGGAUGCAGAGGCCCCACCUCCCCCGUAUGCCAGCAUCGCCCUGGGAGCCACCGCUGCCAUGCCUGUAGAGAGCAGUUGUUACCCAAGUGAUUUCCCCGUGCCGCCUCCCUACAGCGUGGCCACCUCUCUUCCCACCUACGACGAGGCAGAGAAAGCCAAAGCUGCAGCCAUGGUACUCUCUGCUGUGGAGGUGAUACCAGGGGAGGAUGACUUCCCUCCAAGGGAUGACUUCAGCGAUGUCGACCAGCUGAGGGUGGGAAACGACGGCAUUUUCAUGCUGGCCUUUUUCAUGGCCUUCCUGUUCAAUUGGAUUGGGUUUUGCCUGUCAUUCUGCCUGACCAACACCAUCGCCGGCCGAUACGGGGCCAUCUGCGGCUUUGGCCUCUCUCUCAUCAAGUGGAUUCUCAUCGUCAGAUUCUCGGACUACUUUACUGGAUACUUCAAUGGGCAGUACUGGCUCUGGUGGAUUUUCCUAGUCCUCGGUCUCCUGCUUUUCUUCAGAGGGUUCGUGAACUACCUGAAAGUGCGCAACAUGUCUGAAAGCAUGGCUGCCUCGCACAGAACACGCUUCUUCUUCCUGUACUGAGCCUACCCCGGACUAACCCGGACGAAACUGGGCCAAUUGUGCGCUGCCCUAUGGGACUCCCAAUCAUGGCCGGAUGUGAACCAUGUACUGCAGUGACGCCUCUUGCGCUGAGAUGCAGUGUCUUAGAUCACUGCGACACUCGGGAGCCCACUACUAAUGAAGACCUUAGUACACAGUCACCGCAUACUAACAUGUGUAGUAGAUAUUAUCCUUGAGACUUGACAUUCAUAUAAAGACAUGCAUAUAAAUGAAGUUAUUGUUUAUGAAAUAAUACUAUAUCUUGUUGUUCCAAUUUGUCUUUCUGUAAAUGGCAUGUGGUAAUAUCUGCUACCCGUAGUCUGCGAAUUCUACAACAGUUGCGUUUUCAGAAUUAUUUUCCCACUUCCUUUGCUCCAGGUUGUCGCUCCAAACAUUCCUCCUUAAUGUGAAAUUCCCUGAGGAUUUGCGAGCCUUUUCUCGAAUGACCAGGACAAAAAAAAACACAGUGAAAAGAUGUGAGGAAGAAAAGAACCAGUGCGUCAUUACAGCUGCGAAAGUCUGGCAUCUUUCAUUAAAAGCAAAAACAGCUGACUCGUCUCUUUUUCAGAAAGUCCGUACAAUACAGAUUAACCCAGCUAAAUAUACCCUGUGUGUUUCUGUUAUUUCCACCGGCUUUGUUUGGCUCUGUUGAUUUCAAUUGCCUUCCUAAUCUAACCCCUGUAAUGGUCCCAACCUGCUUAAUAUCCCAAGUCUUGUACAGUGAAUACACCUUAACAGGGGGGGUAGUAUAGUGCAGUGUAGUAGCUGGGUCUACCUGUUGUGGAUGUUUGUGGAAAAGCACACACAAGAAGAUGGAAGAAAACAGUAUGCAGCCAAGAGGUCUUAUGCAGUUGUGUCCUUACCUGAACUGGAUAUCUGGUCCUAAUGAGGAGGAUGAUGAUGAAACGGUUAGUCUAGAGUUCAAUCAGGAGUGUCAUUAUUACAAUUUGAAUUGUAUCCCUUAAUUUUAAUCCCCGUAUUUAAUUGUCUUUGGUAUAAAAAUAUGAUAUUUGAUGAAACUCAUGACUUUUUUAUUGUGAAAUGAUUGAACUGUAUCACAGCUUAUGCCAAUUUAUAUGUGCAACCUCUUUCUCCAUCAGUUGUGAAUUUCUUACUUGUCAUAGUGCGUAUACUGAUCUCUUUGUCAGUCCAAUUUUGUCAGUCCAACUGGAAUUUGUGUUUAUCCCUAAAAAGGACAUCUGCCUUUUGCACCUUUUUUAUUUUCAAUUUUCAUUAAGUUGAUUAUUGCAAUUAGCCUGAACUGUGACAUUUUAAAGUAUUGUCGCCUUUCUUUGAUGCUUGAAUGAUGCCUUUGUCAUUUUGUUUCUGUUACACAGAAGCCUCAUCAGCAAUAUCGAAAAACGUAACUUAAAUGCAUGAUUAUUCUGGCCAAGUUGGUUAUAAUAGUAUUCAGCUAAAGCAACAUUAUUAAUAUUCUAUUUGUAUGUUUGUAAAACAGCCAAACUAUUUUUGCCAGAAAUGAUUCUUGGAACAUCUCUGGUACUCAGAGAUGAUGAUGCGUGCUUGUUAACCCUUUAACCUGAAGUCUUGCAAAAUGCCAAUAAAGUUCCAAAUGCACCCUG